AUGGCCUUGGCGCCGGCAGCCACCAUGAAGCUUCCAGAUCUGCCAAGGUCGCGUCAACGUCCACGGAAACAAUCUCAAAGGCACCCGACAGCGUUACCAGCACGACGGUGGGCCUUAGCAUCUUCCGGAAAUGGCUUCUUCUUGCAUAUCAUGGUGUUGACGCUCGUCGCUUUCAUGCUUGACAUCGUAUCCGGUGCCUUGGCCUCCUCUCCACACGCAUCAGUGGCCGGCACCGCAUCGACCGUCCCUAAGCGUGACCUCGUUCGUCCCGCCAAACAUCGCCAGCUUGCAUCUGUCGGUCCUCGCUCUCGCAGCAGCAUAUCUCCUACACGUCCUAGCUCCAUCAGCGACCUUGUUCUCGCCAACACCGUCGUGCUGACCACCGUGGAGGGCGGCCUCUACGCACUCGAUCGAGAAACAGGCAAGCAGCUCUGGUCGCUAUCACCACACGCCAAUCACGAAUCCGACUCGCUCCUCCGUCCUCUCGUCACCGCUUUGUAUGGCAAGGAGCAGAAAUCCUUCGCCGAGAUCGCGCAGGGCGGCCGUGCUUUUGCAUCUCCGUUCAGCGACUCGUCGCCUCUGCUCGAAGCCGGCGGCAUCUACAUUGUCGAGCCAUCAUCCGCUGGUGACAUCUACGUACUCUCGUCGGUAGGCGCCACAGCUGGCUCUGACCCUGCUACCAGCGGCGAGCCCGGCACCGUCCAACUCGACAAACUUCCGUUGACAUUGCCUCAGUUGGUCGAGCUCAGUCCCUUUUCGUUCGCGGGAGACGAUACGCGGGUGUUUGUAGGGCAAAAGCAAACCACGCUCGUCGAGCUCAACAUCGACACCGGCGAACUCGGUGCUGUCUUCGGAGGUCGACAGGCUGGGGUCUGGUGCGGCGCUCAAGCCCAUGACCUGGACGCUAGUCUGACCGGUCCGUCCAAAGGAGGCGACCCGAACUCUGGUCACACGGAUGCGGAGUCGUGCAUCGACGACGAGCCGACAUUGUCAGGCUCCUCAUCCAAGUCCGCUUCCAAGCUAGCUUACAUUGGCAGGACUGACUACACGCUCAACAUCCAUUCGCGCAGCUCACCAGAAGCACUUCAAACGCUCCACUUCAGCACGUUUGCCCCCAAUGCAGGCGACCGGGACGUCCAGAUACUGUGGACGCAAGCGGAUCAUCCGGAUCAGCGUGCCAUUCUAGGUAUGCCUGAAGAUGGAAGUGUCGUUUGCUUCAACCUAACAGAAGCCGAUCGCGCUUCCCGAAGUCACGGCGUCCAUGACGAACCUAGCCGUGCCCUCUGGUCCGCAGAGCUUCGUGCAAGUGUCGCCGGUGUCUUUGACAUCGUCUAUCCGGCGCCGCAUCUCCAGAACACCAAGUCCCUCAGCCGUCCCAUCCUGGUUCCGCAUCCACCGAUUCCGCUAUCUCGCAUCUUCCCGCAGAUUAGCGAGCGACAAAUGCAAGAGGCUGAAGACCCUAGCCACCGGGGCGAAAUAGCAUCAAGACGUCGCUCUGCUUAUCUCGGCAUUGCCGGCGACAGCUUGUUCGCCAUGAGCUCGCAUCGUUUCCCGCUCGUCGCAUUCGCGUCCAAGGCUGCCGCUGGCCUCAGCGAUGGAUCCAGCUCCCAAGGAUCCGGCGACACUUGGCUUCCCGGACUGCCAUCCUCGCAGAAGGGCUGGGCGGACGAGGGUCAGCGCAAAUGCGCGUCGUUCGGAUGCUGGCUUGGCAGCUACUCCCUUCAAGUUGAUCCGACAGCAGAGGGCAGACUGCGCGACUCCCUCCUGGGCUCGCACUCGACUCUCGAGAUUGAUGCUGGCUCGCCACGACUCAGCAUCGCCGACCGUCCCGCUUUUGAGCCGGACUCUUCUUCAGCUGGCAACGACUCGGAGGGACCGUCUCGUGAUCGAGCAUCGUCGGCAUCUUCCAAGCCGUCCACAUCCCCGAAAUCACAGAAAAAGGCGACACCAAGAUCUCGCCGACCGGGUAGUCGGGGCGCCUCCGACGAGACAUCUUCAGACUCGGAGACCCCGCCUCGCAAGUCGAGGGAGGAUUUGGACGCACCCGAGCGGACUUGGAAGGCACGCAUGGCCAUGUUCCUGCUCCAAGUUAUUUGCGUCCUGGUGAUUGCUGUGCUCACGGGAGCCACCUACCUUGGACUGCAAGAGCAGAAAGCUCGGGCCGAGCGGCAGGCAGCAGAGAUCGCCAAAGGCGUCGUGUGGAUUCCUGUGCUCAAAGAAGACGAGGCUGGCUUCGGUGGCGAAGCGGCUGCUGAGAAGAUUCGAGCCGAAGAGGAGCGUCAACUGCAGCAAGCUAUCACAUUGUCGAAGCGAGAUGGUCUUAUUGUCGGUACGUCUGGGACCAAGAGCGCGACCACCAACGACGACGACGAUGAAGACGGUGAUGACGGCCAUGAAGGUUCCAGCUCGAUGUCCAAGAAGAAGAACAACAAUAACAAGCGCAGGCGCAGAGGAAAGCGUGGAGGUGCUGCUGUUGCUGCAAAAGCAGCCAAGGCAAACAGCAAAGAAGGAAGCCCGGACGUCUCCGAGACCGGCAACGAAAAGUCGGCGGAAGACGAGGACGAUGAGCAAAUGUACGACAAGGAUGCAGCGAGGGCCGACGAUGGACAUGCAGCCACUGGAAAGGAAGAGGAUGACAUUCUUGCGACGCCGUCCCAACGCGCGAAUGGAGUCGCUGCGCACAAGGAGAUGGAAGAGACCGCGUCUGCCAAUGCUUCCGACACUGCCUCGUCCAACGAGAACGAGCCAGAAACGCCUCGAAAGGUCAGUGCUCCGGCCAAGGUCAAGUCGAGCAAGCUAAAUGGGCUUCACGCCUCUAAUGCUGACGCAGCGAUGCGAGCAAGCGAUAGUCUGCAACGUACGCAACAGCUUAUGUCUCCACAACUUCGUUCGCCGUUGCUCAACACCGGGUGGGCUGGUUUCGAGGAGGAAGACGCCGCCUCGGUCGGCAGAGCUGCUGCGCAGAUCGCAGCCAACGGUCAAAGCCAAUUUGGCGGCUCUGCGUCCAGCAACGGCGUCAGCACAUCUUCGCUCACCAUCUCGGACGAGGUUUUGGGCUACGGAUCUUCCGGCACCGUCGUAUUCAAAGGCACCUUCCAAGGCCGUGCCGUGGCGGUCAAGCGUCUGCUUCGCGACUUUGUCCACGUCGCCUCGAAAGAGGUCUCGUUGCUCGAGUCGGCUGACAAUCAUCCGAACGUCAUUCGCUACUUCUACAAGGAGCUCACGCCCAGCUUCCUGUUCAUCGCGCUCGAGCUGUGUCCAGCCAGUCUUUCCGAGGUCGUGGAGAGGCCGGCCGACUACCGCGAUCUGAGCAACUUGCUCGAACCCAAACGUGCGCUGAACCAGAUCGCGUCUGGCUUGCGACACCUGCAUUCGCUGUCGAUUGUCCAUCGCGAUAUUAAGCCGCAGAAUAUCCUGGUGGCCACGUCGUCGAGCGGCAAGCACCUCAAGAUGCUGCUGUCUGACUUUGGCCUGUCCAAGCGUUUGGACGGCAUGGCGCAGACGAGCUUCUCCCAGACGGUCAACAAUCCUGGAGGCACCGUUGGCUGGCGAGCACCCGAGAUUCUGCGUGGCGAUGUCAACCUCGAACCCGGGUCCGAAUCCGAGUCGUCGAUGGGGAACAAUCCGAAGGCCACAUCGAGUCGCGAAGAGAAGCAGCGUCUUACGCGUGCCGUCGACAUCUUUGCGCUCGGCUGCCUUGCCUACUAUGUGCUGUCGAACGGCGACCACCCCUUCGGCUCGCGAUUCGAGCGGGAGAUGAACAUCAUCCGCAAGCGGGUUGAUCUGUCGAGGCUUGACGGCCUCGGUGAAGAAGGUCACGAGGCGCAAGACCUUGUGCUCAAGAUGGUCUCUCACGAUCCACGUCAUCGACCGUCUGCAGCCGAGGUGCUGACCCAUCCUUACUUUUGGGAUCCCAACAAGCGACUCAAUUUCCUGCAGGAUGCGUCUGAUCGUUUCGAGAUCAUGGAAAAGGACCCGCCCACGGCAGCGCUGGUCUUGCUCGAAUCGAAAGCACGCAACGUGUUGGGCACGGACUGGCAUCGACGCUGCGACCGCAUGUUCCUCGAGAAUCUCGGCAAGUUCCGCAAGUACGACCCAUCUUCGGUGCAGGACCUUUUGCGUGCAAUGCGCAACAAGAAGCAUCACUACCAAGAUCUACCACCGAGCUUGAAGAAGAUCUUGGGAAGCCUGCCCGACGGGUAUCUGACCUACUUUACCAGACGCUUCCCUGAGCUGUUCCUGCACGUGUACAACACGAUCGUCGAUCAGCCAUUGAUAAGGACGGAACCGGUGUUCAGGGAGUACUUCCACUGUGCGGAACCGGAUCACUAG